AUGCUAAUUGCAAAACCGCCUACGAUUCCAAAGGAAAAAAUCAAAGAAACGACCAAAGAAUAUGAUCCAGAGGAAUUUUCACAACUCGAAGAAAUCUACGAGGAUGCCAUAGAUUCUAUAUUGUCUCGACUUCCAGAACCAGUUCCAAAUCAACCAAAUCCAAACGGGGAGGAUAUCGUAUCAUCAUCGCCUAACUCUGCCAGCCGAUCAACAUCUGCCGUUCAACUUCCUCGCAUUACAUUACCAACGUUUUCAGGUAACUAUAGUGAAUGGUUAGCUUUUCGUGAUUUAUUUUAUUCAUUAGUUAUAGAAAAUAAUUCGAUUUCGGAUGUAGAACGUUUGCAUUAUUUAAAACUUAGUCUUCGAGAUGAAGCAUUGAUUUUUGCUCAAAACCAACCCGGCACGUCAGCUAAUUUUCAAAUUAUUUGGAAAAAUCUCGAAUCACGUUACAAUAAUUGUAAAGCCUUGAUUAAUGAAUAUUUAAAAAAGAUAGUUGAAAUUCCAGACAUAACAUCAGACUGGUUAAAUAGUUUAAAAAACAUGCGCAACGUAAUUAUCACUGUCACCACAGCCUUAACUAAUCUUAAACGACCGAUUGAUGAGAAGAAUGAUCUGUCUGUUUUUUUGCUAAUUAAUAAACUCGAUAAAUUUUCACGCGAUCAAUGGGAAUUAGUCUCAAGUGAUUCAACGGAUCCUCCUUCUCUCGAUCAAUUCAUUAAAUUUUUGGACGCUCGUAUUCGCGCUCUUGAAGCUUCAGUUAACCCUAAAAAACGUACUGAAAAUAAAAUAACCAAUGUACCUCAAUCAACAGUUUCAUCUUGUGCGAAAAUUCAUUCUCAUCAAAGUCUGUCAAAGUUGCCUCACCAUUCCUUUUUGCAUCGAGAGCAAACCAGUUUGACAGCCGACAUCGAUUCAAAAAAUAUGGAAGCCAAUAAAAGGUCUGUUAAUAACACAACUCUAAACAAGUCUGAGACCGAAACAUCUAUUUUGUCUCAUUUUAACGCAUCUAAUGAAAACCGAACUGCUGUGUUAUUGGCUACAGCUCGUGUCAUCGUUGAAGCGUCUGAUGGUCGCCGAGUUCAAAUACGCGCUUUGCUUGAUCAGGGCUCCGAUGCCACUUUUAUAUCAGAUUCAGUUUGUCAAUUAUUACGACUCCCUCGCAAAAAUUCUAAUAUAGCUGUUUCAGGUUUAGGAGGUAAUUGUUCAAAUAAAGUCUCUCAUUCAGUCCCAAUUAUUAUUAAAGGCGUCAAUUCCAAUACUGAUUCAUUUAUGACUAGGGCAUUUGUUUUGCCAAAAAUUACUUCUUAUGUUCCGACUGAGUUUGUCCUAUCAAACAUUCCUGAUAAUUUACGUGACUUAGAACUUGCCGAUCCUUGUCUAUGGUCCACGGAACGUAUUGAUCUGUUAAUUGGAUCUGAUUUAUACAGUCGAGUGUUACUGGACGGAAUUUGCACAGCUUCAUCAGGAUAUCUUGUUGCACAAUCCACAUCGUUAGGUUGGAUCCUUUCCGGACCAAUAUCGAAUCCCUCCGCUCAAGCCUUUCAUAUCAAUGUUCAUCUUUGUGUUGAUGAUCAUAUUGAAAAAUCGUUAAAUCGGUUUUGGGAAUUGGAAGAAGUUCCAUCAAUAAAUAAAUUGACAGAAUCGGAGCAAAAAUGUGAAGAUUAUUUUUUAAAAACAUUUUCGAGAUUACCAGAUGGUCACUAUAUGGUCGAUCUUCUUUUUAUUAAAUCUCCUUCUCAGCUAGGUGAUUCUUAUCACACUGCCCUGAAUUCGUUAAAAAGAUUAGAGAAAAAAUUUUCUAGUGAUCCUCAACUCGCUUCUCAGUACAAAGAAUUUAUGGCUAAAUAUGAAUCGUUAGGUCACAUGACUUGUAUGGGUCCAGUAAAUGAUAGUAAUUCGGAAAACGUAUUUAUACCUCACCACCCUGUCUGUCGUGAUUCCAGUCAAACUACCAAGGAAAGGGGAGUUUUCAAUGCAUCGAGUUUUACAUCUACGCAAGUUUCUUUAAAUGAUUGUCUACAUGCUGGACCUAAACUCCAAAAUUCGAUUACAACUAUUCUUUUGAAUUGGCGACAACACAAAUUUGUUUUAUGUGCCGAUAUGGCAAACAUGUUUCGAGAAAUAUUAAUCUCACCUGAAUACAGAAAAUAUCAAUACAUUCUUUGGCGAGAGUCAAUCCACAUUCCUAUUCAAGCAUAUGCUCUGAAUACCGUCACAUAUGGGAUGAAAAGUUAUCUCUACUUAGCUAUCCGUGUACUUCGCCAAUUGGUUCAUGAUGAACAGUCACGAUUUCCUAACGCAGCUCCCGUUCUUUUGAAUGAUACCUAUGUAGACGACGUUUAUCUUGGAGGGCCAGAUAAAUCUUCUACUCUCCAGUUAAGAGAUGAAAUCAUUCAAUUAACACGCUCAGGUGGAUUUACAGGGUGUCUACUGAAAAUAUGA